AAUCUUGGAACCUUGAAAACUAGUUUUUUUAAAAGUUUAUUUAUUUAUUUUAUGUUUAUAAGCACACUGUAGCGGUCUUCCGAAAACCCAGAAGAUGGCAUCAGAUCCCAUUUCAGGUGGUUGUGAACCAUUAUGUUGUAUCUGGGAUUUGAACUCAGGGCCUCUGGAAGAGCAGUAAGGGCUCUUUACAAUGGAAGUAUCUCACCAGCCUAAAAACUAGUUUUGAAACAUGCUCUUAGAUGAACAUUUGCAAAUCCUUCUGCUGGUCUAAGUUCUGAAUGGUGAAAAUGUUGAGAAUUAGUUAGACACAAUCAUGAGAAAAUUAACAGAUGACUGUUCAUUGCAUGAAUGAUUUAUGGACAGGGUUAUCAAAUAAAAUAGACUGAUAGAAAUUCUAGAACAAUAUUUUCAUUAGCAUUUUUUUUUUGGUUCUUUUUUUUCGGAGCUGGGGACCGAACCCAGGGCCUUGCGCUUCCUAGGCAAGUCAUUAGCAUUUUAUAUAACAAAAUGUUGUUAACUUUCAAAAAUACACUGAUAGAAAACAGAUACAAAUGUGUGCAUAUUUAUUAUUGAAAAUGUAAGCUAAUGUUUGCAUAAGAAAUGAUCAGGACUUGAUAUCAAUACUGAGCCCAUAAAACAAUGGGAAUUCACACCAUUAGAAAAUUUCACAUUUUCAAUGAGAAUACCAAAUUAUAAAACAGUUUAAAUCAUGAAUCAAAAUUUCAAAUUCCUUCCCAGGAAAUAAAACGGUACACUUCUUCACAAAGGCUUUUGCAAGAAUGCUCCAGAAUGUUGGAGAACAUUCCAUAGCUCUAGAAUGUUCCAGAAAUGUGCCCAUUGAUUUUUAAUUGUACAAAAAUAAUUAAGAUUCAGAUAGUAAUCAGUAAUCAAAGGGUCUGAGUGAUGAGCAAUUUAUCAUUGUUAAAAUAACCAGAGUCAGAUAACUUCAUUUUUUUUAUCUUGUUCCAAAUGAGAAACUUGGUCUUUAGGGACAUGAAUAUUUGUAUUUUCUGACAGCCAGCCCACAUCCACAGUGGCCAGAAAGGUCAAUUUCAUGGCUUAACUCAAGUUAAUCUCAUUAGGAAAGUAUCAGAAAGACAGAAUUGUCAUCCACAGUUGUUGUCACCUACCAGGAUAUGCUGGAAUUUCACCAUGGACAAUACAUGCCAAUCUCAGGCCAAUAAUCAAUACUAUAUAAGGUGGAGAUGGCUCUGGGUUUUUCCACCACCUGUCCUUGGUCUCCGAACUCCAUCAGAAGCAGAGAAUCCAGGCUCUAACAUGGUGAAGUUUCUGCUGAUUGUUCUUGCAUUAGGUGUAUCCUGUGCACAUCAUGAAAAUCUUGAUAUCAGUCCCUCAGAGGUUAAUGGGGACUGGCGCACCCUUUACAUAGUUGCAGAUAAUGUGGAGAAGGUAGCAGAAGGUGGAUCCCUGAGAGCUUACUUUCAGCACAUGGAAUGUGGUGAUGAAUGCCAGGAACUCAAAAUCAUAUUCAAUGUCAAGUUGGACAGUGAAUGUCAGACACACACUGUUGUGGGACAAAAACAUGAAGAUGGGCGGUACACUACUGACUACUCUGGUAGAAAUUACUUCCAUGUUUUGAAGAAGACAGAUGACAUUAUUUUCUUUCACAACGUUAAUGUCGAUGAGAGUGGAAAGGAGACAAAUGUGAUUUUAGUUGCUGGGAAAAGAGAGGACCUGAACAAAGCACAGAAGCAGGAGCUUAGGAAGCUGGCUGAGGAAUAUAAUAUUCCAAAUGAGAAUACCCAGCACUUGGUGCCCACAGACACUUGUAACCAAUAAAGACUCCAUAUGGCUUCACAAAGGACAGCAAGGUCAGCAAUAUUUCCCACAUCACCUUUUCCAUGAAAUCAGAAUCGUGACAAUGAAGAUAACUCAUCCUUUUCUUAUUUUUUCUUUUCAUCUUUCCUAUGAAGCCAGAAAAUCUGCUUCGUGGAUUUGUUUCCCACCCUCCUAUCAUGGUACUGAUUCUUCUGUUGAUAAAAUAAAUUUAUUUUUCAUGCACA